AUGGAACAGUCAACCCCUACCGUCGUCAAUCAGCCGACGACGUUCACUCUCCCCCUUUCGCCCCCGACACCACAACAAAAGUACCAGCCCCCUCCGGCGCCCGCUCCUCGCCCAUUCGGGACACCUCUAAACGGGACCAUUGCAUAUCAGCAUGAAGACCCCCGUACGCGCUUGGAGGACGCGCUCAAGCGGUCCGUCACCGUUGUCUUCUGGUACAAACCCGACAGCCCGCCGAUCCGGUUACACGGGGAGGUCGCGACGUUCCCGCUCUUCCAGCUCUCGCAGUUCGCACACCUUGCCGCGGACCUUGGGUUUUCACCUGCAGCGUACGUAGACGCAUACAACCCGCAUGCACGCGCAUGGGAGCAACAAUCGAUCAGCGCAGUGCGCGCGGUCGAGAGCGAACAGCGGCUGCUGUUCCGCAUGCGCAAGAGCCUGUUGGAGGGGCUGGAGGACAGCGAAUGUCCGAGUUUGGCUGAGGAGAUUCGCUUGCAGCCGCAGCCACCAGAGAAGCCGCAUGCCUCCAAAAAGCGACCAUCGCCGGAUGGGUCUGUACUCAUGGCGCCGCCGGUAAAGUACGCAAGGGUAGAAUCAACCCUUACCCCGCCAGAGCCCAAUGGCACCUCCAUCACUCCGAGUACAAGCGCAGACCGAACCCCUGUGUCCCUCAGCAUCCCCGCGCCGUUCGUCUCCGUCGACCCGUCGGGGCCAGGCCCGUCCAAGCAGUCCCCGGAGCUCGAGGGCUCCUCCACCCAGCUCACCUUUCAGACCCACCCGCUCGUGAAGCGCUGGCCGAACGACUACACCGUGUUCGAGCUCUCCGCGGGCUUCCGCCAGAUGGACCUGCUCGUCGCGCAGCAGCCGUCCCUCACGCAGCGCACCGCGUUCGAGCGCGUGUUCAGCUGCCGGUACGUCAAGUCGACCGUGUGCAGGCACCGCGGCGUAUGGCGCCGCGCGCCGAAGGAGCUCCGCGAGACGUUCGAGCGGAUGGCCCAGGAUGAGCGCGGGCUGUGGAGUGAGUUCAUCAAGCGUAUCGAGGGAGGGACUGGGAGGACGGAUACGGUGGGGAGGAAGAAACAGCUGGCGGCGACGGCGGAGGCUGGGACGGACGGCGAGGCUCCCUUGAUGCUGACGCAACAGCCGACACAGUUUGGGGCUGUAGGGGAAGAUGAACAUCGGCCUGUGAUGGACUCGCUGUGCCUACCGCCUGAGGAAGAUGUUCCUGGCCAACAUAGCAGCUCGAAUGUAACCUUGCCACAUAGCCUGAACAACGGAGACUUCGGCGGAAAUGUCAAUCACAGUGGUCUAGUCGGAAACAUUUCUUGA